AUGUUGUUUAAGUACGCCAUUGCAACACUCGUUGCCAUCGUCAGCUUCGUUGCCGGUGUUCCCGUUGAAAAACGACACAAGCUCAACGAGACCGUGACCUACCUCGGCUCACAGUCAAGAAUUUUGUCUGGGGGUGCUGCCGCAAAAGGUCUUGUCUACACGGCAGGAACAGUCCCAAAUGCCACAGUCAUUGGCCAAGGCAUAGCAAACGAAACUCGCUCGGUGAUAGGCCGCCUCGCGGUGAUUUUGGAAGAGGCAGGCACUUCAUGGGACUACGUGCUCAAGACAACUGUUUACCUGGCCAACAUGUCGGACUACUCUGCCAUGAAUGAGGUCUACGCAGAACUGCUACCCAACCCAAAGCCCGCCAGAACAGCUGUCGAGGUCGGCAAGUUGCCCGGUAACUUCUCCAUCGAAAUUGAGGCAAUUGCUGCUAUUCCCUGGUACUGA